UGCUCUAACGGUGUUCUCUCUCCUCUCCUCUCCUCUCCUCUCCUCGUCAUCAUAUAAAAUUUCACUCUGUAAUCAGCUCAAUUCCCCAUUUUGAAACCCUAAUCGCAAGGAUCUCUGAAUCCAAUAAGCAAUUGAAUAAGGCUCCUCGUUCUGCUUGAAAUUUUGCGAUGGCGGAGCACUUGGCGUCAAUUUUCGGUACAGAGAAGGACAGAGUUAACUGCCCAUUCUACUUCAAGAUCGGCGCGUGCAGGCACGGCGACCGCUGCUCCCGCCUCCACACCAAGCCGAGCAUCAGCCCCACCAUCCUUCUUUCCAACAUGUACCAGCGCCCCGACAUGAUUACUCCUGGCGUCGACGCUCAGGGCCAGCCGAUCGACCCCAAAAAAAUGCAGGAACACUUCGAGGACUUUUAUGAAGAUUUAUUUGAGGAGUUAAACAAAUAUGGAGAGAUUGAAAGCUUGAAUGUUUGUGACAAUUUAGCUGAUCAUAUGGUUGGCAAUGUUUAUGUCCAAUUUAGGGAGGAAGAGCAUGCUGCUAAUGCUCUUCAAAACCUGACUGGGCGGUUCUAUGCAGGACGCCCCAUCAUUGUUGAUUUCUCCCCAGUGACUGAUUUUCGUGAAGCCACCUGUAGGCAGUAUGAGGAGGACGCAUGUAACCGUGGUGGCUACUGUAACUUCAUGCAUCUGAAAAGGAUCAACAGGGAGUUGAGGCACCAAUUAUUUGGGAGGCGUAGGAGUAGACACAGCCGUAGUAGGAGCAGGAGUCCCUAUCGGCACCGUAGCUAUGAUGACCGCUCACAUGAGAGUCGGAGUCACAGCAGAAGGUAUGAUGACCACGAUCGCCAUGAAAGUCGAAGCAGGAGGCGCAAGAGCACAAGUCCAAGAAGUAGAAGGGGUAGAAGCCGAAGUCCAGGUGGCAGGAGGAAUCGUAGUCCUGUUAGGGAAGGUAGUGAAGAGAGACGUGCUAAAAUUGCACAGUGGAAUAGGGAGAAGGAAGAAACAGAACGUUCUGGCAACAAGGCAAAUGCUGGUGAUGAGGAUCGUAGGGCUAAAAAUGACCACUCUGGCAAUAUAGACAACGGAGGACACAAUGAACCGACACAGUAGGACAGAUAUGGGUAUUGACGAUAUUAGCACCGGUUUGUUCUCACUCCCUUUCCACCUCGGUAUUCUGGAUUUGUUCACUGGCAAUAGUUAUCAUUAUGAAUGACCUGUCUUAAAAUAUGGAGUAGCUUACUGCACAUUUUCCACUUUGCAGGUGGUGUGCAGGUUUUCAAUUCUGUCAUAUGCAACAUGAUAAAUAUUUUGCUCACGUUAUGUUUCUUAGUACCAUUUUCUUCAUUAUGUCCAUCAUGCUUUUCUUUGCUUUUUCUGUUUUUUAGCUGAAGUAUUGCUUGAGUUUGAUUUCCCCGUAUAUGUAGUCUUCAGCCCUAAACCUAUUGUUCUGUGCUAGGUCUGAUAAUUUUCCUAAAUUGAUGUUAUAAUCCCCUAGCUAUUCUCAAGGUGUCGUGUGCACACAACAUCGAUGUCUUGUAUUUCUCCAAAAAAAUUAUGCUCUACUUUUCAUUACCUUUGUUUUUUUGGAUAAAAUGCUUUGCAAUUUGCAUAGACAUAGACAUAGUUUAGUGGUUAGUGUGCUUGUUGAUAUUUUCAAUUGGAAGGUUCUUGAUUUUUUAAAGUUGCCUCUCAUGACUUCCUACUAGCUACCUUGCUAAUUUGGCCUUUGUCCGUCUUGGUUGUUCCCUGUAAAAAAAACAUUGUGUUUGUGUGUGCAGUCAGGUAUCCUGUAGCCACAAAACAACAAGGCUAGUGAGUUUUCGCAUAUUGUUCCAAUUUAUUUCUAAAGUAUAUGUAGUUGCAGAUCUCACACUGAUUUACUAGUUUUGCAGGUCCAGGUACCCUGCUUAGAAAGAUAUUGAGCACAGAUUUUAAUUAUAGGUUACCAUGCAAAUUGUACAGGUAUUUUGGUUGCAGUGAGGGAAGAGUUGUGAUUGCAGGGUGAUGUUGGAUCGAGAAGCCCGUGGAGGUCGAGUUGUAGAUUCAACAAUUAUUAAGCUUCAUUUUUCCUCUUUAUAGGGAUGCUGCUGGUUUGAUCCAUUUUGGUAGAGGACCAAUGUUUUAAUUUUAAAUCUAAACUUCCUCUUUCUUUUCACAUUUAUGUAAUGCUUCCCAGAAUUAUAACUGACAGCCUAUGAAUGUUUUUCUAUGACAGUACAAGGAAUUUACAACCUGAUUAUUAUGCUCUA